GGCCUCCGCGGAUAUCUUUGCUUCGGAACAAAACAAUUAGCAUUAGGCUCGGUCAACUGGAAUGUGUAUUAUCCAUAUGGGAGAUCUUCCAAUCGAGAAGAUCCAUCGAUCUGAGACGAAGAGAAAGGGCCCAUUUUCUUUACUUAUUCAGUUAAACCAAGGAUUCGUUAUGGAAACAGAUAGCAACAACCAUUUCAUCAGACAUGCGUAUUUUUGAUUAUCCGGUGGAUUUACACAGUUUCAUUAAUGCAAAUUGUUUGAUGUAGUUAGUACUCAGGUUAUUCGACGCUCAAGAAUUCUUAUUUAGGCAGUUCAUAUCAUCCCAUACAUAGUGUUUUGAUCUAAGAUUGCAAUUCUUCCAUGUUUCCGCAGUAGCAUAUUGUUCCAUGGAGCUAGGGUCCAAAAUAGGAAUCAACAAGUGUUUCCACGACUCUACCGCCCGGCCAAUCCUGUUCCACUGAAUCCCCUCCCUUUUUCAUGGCCACAUAUCUUUACGGCUAAGGAGUGGGAAAUCUUUCUCCUGUUACACAAAUGAAAUGUUUCAUUUCAUCCGGGAAAAGCCACCUCUUUCUCCACAAACAAUGUCUUUGUCAUUUGAUCCAGGAGCCUUCCGUUAGAUAGGAACAGCUUUGCUAAAUACUGAGAACUCUCGGAUAGAGUAUUAGAAUGAAAAGACCAUUAAUUAUAUAAGGAAGAGCCCAGGGUUCUAGCCCAUUCCCAUUCCUAAAUCAAUAAUUCGUAGUGCUUUUGCCUUUCUUGCGUACUCCUGGUGAACCAGUUGCUAGCCAUAUGUUUAGGAGGCUUUUUUCUCCAGGUACUGGUACUAAGCCGCUUUGCCAUCUCUUCAUCUUCAUCUGCAAAGAAUUCUCGACGUGAAAACACAGAGACAAAGGCCUGAUCUUUGAAUAGGAAAAAGAAUGGAUCCGAAGGUCCCAAAUCAAUUGGCUUAUUCGAAAAAAGCCUUCUUCUUUGAAAGAUAUAUCUCGUGUCUGGUACUGCAUUGUUCCACUCUGCAAGAAGUCCGAAUCAGUCUCUUGCACCUCCCCCUUUUUAUGAUAAAUAUACCAGAAAUAAUUCGAAUAAAUAGCAGUCUCUGACAACUCAUCCUCUUUAAUCUGCUUGGACCCGCUCCAAUACCCAUAGGAAAAUCCCCAGUCAUAUUCAGCGUACCUGUCCCUGCAAUCAAAUAGAUUGUCCCAAGGGCCCCAUAUUCUAGGAGCCCAAGUUAUGCUAUUGAAAAUUCGUUCCUCUAGCAGUUCCGGUUUGACCAUUCCGUUCCCUUUUUCAAACUCCACUUCUUUUCAUAUAGCAUCCCUAAUCAAAGAGAGAACAAUAUCCAUUUCAAAACAUUUCUAACGGAUUCCUUGGUUCGGACCGACGAAGUAAUGGCACUCGAUUAUUAUCAACCCGACUGCAAUCUUUUUCUGUCGGUAAGGAUUGCACCAGAGCACCUUCUACUUCUAAUAGGCCAUGAACUAUAGAUAGAGAAGAAUCAUUCUGAGCGAGUCCAUAAGAAGCGACCCACUUUUUCAUCGGUUCCGGGGGAAGACCAAAGAUCUUGCGCGACCGGUCCGCCAGAAAAACUCAAAAGAGAAAGAAGUCUCGUUAAUCUCUUCAUGCUCGUUCCAAGUUCGAAGUACCGUUUGGCCAAAGAAAAAGCCGCUUCCUGACACGAUUGCCUCUUUAUAUAGAUAGAUAUAGGAUCUAUGGGGUUAUUACUUAGAAGUCUAUUUUGUACAAGAUCCCCUCCUAUCUGAUAGAAAAGGGUCCCAUGAUCCCGAGCCGGUCUUAUCUUGGCUCGCAAACCCCAAGUUUGUCUAUGAAGAGCUAAUCUAAUUGUAUUAGUUUCUAUAAUGGAUUUCUUAUGUGGAAUACUAAUGGAUAGGGCCUCGUUGCUAAGUGCUACAAGAUCUAGUGCACUGGAACUCGUGGUUAUGGACCCGAAUCCUUUAGUAUGGAACAUUGUCUUUUCCAAGUAAAAACCCCUAGUAUAUGAAAGAAUGAAAAGGUGCUUUCGUUCUUGUGGAAUAAGAAGCCCUCGUACCUUAAUGAAAGGAAAAUAGGAAUUUUUCGUUAGGUAUUUGACCAAAUAGGAUUGUCCAGUUCCUAUAGAACCUAUCACUAAAAUACCCGAUAGGGCUAAGCGGAACGAAAAGGGUUUUCCAUGAGAUGGUAAAUGAAAACGAUUAGCCCCACACGAGGUUUGGGAAUAAGUGAUUGUCUGAUAAUGAGCAAGGAAUAUACGUCUUUCUGCUAAAGAGAAUCUAUUAAACUCAUAAUUCAUUAGAUCCUUGUUAGCAAUGUCAACUAGGUAUCAUAAGUAAAUGGAUCUCGGUUGUUCAAUCCUUUGAUAACCAAGGUCAUUCUUUGCUAAAGAGAAAUGAUCACUAUGGGUCAGACUCAAUAGAAUUGGAUCCAUUCCAAAUAGCGAGAAUUAGGAUUCUUGAUCCCUCUCAGUCUCUCUUUCAAUUCGAGGAUCCGGAGAGGUGUUUUCAUAGUCAUCUCCGAAUAUUUGCCAUCUCCGAAUAUUUUCGAUUUCAUUUUUCUAUGAUAUGUCUUUCUAUAUGAAAAUUGGUUAUUUACGAUGUACGAUGAUCCCUGUUAAGCAUCCAUGGCUGAAUGGUUAAAGCGCCCAACUCAUAAUUGGUAAAUUUGCGGGUUCAAUUCCUGCUGGAUGCACGCGAACGGGAACGGUCUAUUGGAAUUGGCUCUCUAUCCAUGGAAUCUCAUCCAUCAUCCAUACAUAACGAAUUGGUAUGGUAUAUUCAUACCAUAACAUAAGAACAAUAAGAACUCGAAUUCUUAUCGAUACUGGAACUCAGAGCAUAGGGGGGAAAGUCGAUUUAUGGAUGGAAUCAAAUACGCAGUAUUUACAGAAAAGAGUCUUCGUUUAUUGGGAAAGAAUCAAUAUACUUUUAAUGUCGAAUCGGGAUUCACUAAGACAGAAAUAAAGCAUUGGGUCGAACUCUUCUUUGGUGUUAAGGUAGUAGCUGUGAAUAGCCAUCGACUACCCGGAAAGGGUAGAAGAAUGGGACCUAUUCUGGGACAUACAAUGCAUUACAGACGUAUGAUCAUUACCCUUCAACCGGGUUAUUCUAUUCCACUUCUAGAUAGAGAAACGAACUAAAGGAGAAUACUUAAUAAUACGGCGAAACAUUUAUACAAAACACCUAUCCCGAGCACACGCAAGGGAACCGUAGACAGGCAAGUGAAAUCCAAUCCACGAAAUAAAUUGAUCCAUGGACGGCACCGUUGUGGUAAAGGUCGUAAUGCCAGAGGAAUCAUUACCGCAAGGCAUAGAGGGGGAGGUCAUAAGCGCCUAUACCGUAAAAUCGAUUUUCGACGGAAUCAAAAAGACAUAUCUGGUAGAAUCAUAACCAUAGAAUACGACCCUAAUCGAAAUGCAUACAUUUGUCUCAUACACUAUGGGGAUGGUGAGAAGAGAUAUAUUUUACAUCCCAGAGGGGCUAUAAUUGGAGAUACUAUUGUUUCUGGUACAAAAGUUCCUAUAUCAAUGGGAAAUGCCCUACCUUUGAGUGCGGUUUGAACUAUUGAUUUACGUAAUUGGAAGUAACCAAUUAGGUUUACGACGAAACCUAGAAAUCGAUCACUGAUCCAAUUUGACUACCUCUACGGGAUAGACCUCAACAGAAAACUGUUGAGUAACGGCAGCAAGUGAUUGAGUUCAGUAGUUCCUCAUAGAAAAUUAUUGACUCUAGAGAUAUGGUAAUAUGGAGAAGACAAAAUUGUUUGAAGCACGCACAGAACCGGAAGCGCCCCUUGUUUCAAAGAGAGGAGGACGGGUUAUUCACAUUUAAUUUGAUGGUCAGAGGCGAAUUGAAAGUUAAGCAGUGGUAAUUAAGACCCCCGGGUGAAAAUAGGGAUGUCUCCUACGUUACCCAUAAUAUGUGGAAGUAUCGACGUAAUUUCAUAGAGUCAUUCGAUCUGAAUGCUACAUGAAGAACAUAAGCCAGAUGACGGAACGCGGAGACCUAGGAUGUAGAAGAUCAUAACAUGAGCGAUUCGGCGGAUUUGGAUUCCUUUUCUAUAUAUCCACUCAUGUGGUACUUCAUCAUACGAUUCAUAUAAGAUCCAUCUGUCUAGAGAUCGUCAUAUACAUCUAGAAAGCCGUAUGCUUUGGAAGAAGCUUGUACAGUUUGGGAAGGGGUUUUUUGAGAAAAAAGAAGAAUCUACUUCAACCGAUAUGCCCUUAGGCACGGCCAUACAUAACAUAGAAAUCACACGUGGAAGGGGUGGGCAAUUAGCUAGAGCAGCAGGUGCUGUAGCGAAACUGAUUGCAAAAGAGGGUAAAUUGGCCACUUUAAGAUUACCAUCUGGGGAGGUCCGUUUGGUAUCCCAAAACUGCUUAGCAACAGUCGGACAAGUGGGUAAUGUUGGGGUGAACCAAAAAAGUUUGGGUAGAGCCGGAUCUAAGUGUUGGCUAGGUAAACGCCCCGUAGUAAGAGGGGUAGUUAUGAACCCUGUGGACCACCCCCAUGGGGGUGGUGAAGGGAAAGCCCCCAUUGGUAGAAAAAAACCCACAACCCCUUGGGGUUAUCCUGCGCUUGGAAGAAGAACUAGGAAAAGGAAAAA